UGACAGUGACAUUUCGUGUGUGUUUUUAGUGAAGAACAAUCACAAAAAAAAAAAGUUUUUUUCAGAUCGUUUGUUAAAAGAAUUGCAUAUUUUUAUAUGUAAUCAACGACAGUGUACUAAUAUUGCGAAUGAUAUUACAAUUAAGAACAUUCACGUCAAUUAAUAGAGGCUUUUGCUUAGGAAUCAACGAUUUUUGAUACUACACUUUUUGUUACUGAUUUUGAAGAGUGUUUGGACGAAAGCGAUAGCGGGAGAUGUCGUUAAAACCAAAACGCGUAAAUUUCGAGGAGAAAUGGUUGGAUUUAAAGCAAACCGUAAAAGAUGUCAUCACAAUGGGAAAUGUCAACAAAAUGACUUGGAAUGAUCGUUUUCUUGAUGUGUACUCAUUGUGUGUUGCAUUUCCGGAACCGCUUGCCGAUCGUUUGUACAAUGAAACAAAACAGUUUCUUGAAUCACAUGUGAAUAAUUUACUGGAUGCAAAAGUGGCACCGCCAGAAAAUGACGGCGCCAACGAUUUCAAUAUGAUCAAUGAUACGUUGCUUCAGCGUUACUAUUCCGCAUGGAUUGAAUACAGUCAGGGUGUGGAAUAUCUUAAUUAUUUGUACAUGUAUUUGAAUCAGCAACACAUAAAACGCAACAAACAUACAGUCGAAGUGGAAUUCAAUUAUGGUCAAGUGAGCAAUGAAAAUCAAGAGCUCAUGGAAAUCGGUGAAUUAGGUUUGGACAUAUGGCAAGGUCGCAUGAUUAAAAAAUUAGGCGAAGAAAUUGUGAAGCAAAUUCUGGAAGCCAUCUAUGCGGAUCGAACUGGCAGCGAUUUAGGUUUGAAUAGUGCACAAGUAAUUUAUGGGAUCAUUCAAAGCUUUGUUCAAGUACAAAAUUAUAAAAAGAAAGGAAAUUUGAAUUUGUACCAAGAACUAUUUGAAGCACCAAUGUUGGCCGCCAGCGGUGAAUAUUACAAAAGCGAAGCGGCCAAAUUAUUGCAACGCUGCACGGUUAGUGAAUAUAUGGAAGAGGUACUUAAACGAUUGGACGACGAAAAUCGUCGAGCUCAUAAAUUCUUUCAUGGAAGCACAAUACCGAAACUUCGAUUAGAAUGUGAAACGCGAAUGAUAACCGAUCAUCUGGAAUUUUUACACUCAGACUGCAAGGAAAUGGUGACACAAGAGAAACGUGCCGAUUUGCAUAAUAUGUAUACUUUGCUGAAACCAAUUCCGGACGGUCUAAAAAUAUUGAUUCAAGCAUUUUUGGAUCACAUCAAAAACGAAGGCAUAGAAACAAUUUCUACGCUUAAAGGCGAUACGAUUCACAUUCAAUUUGUUGAGAAUAUGCUCAAAGUGCAUCACAAGUACGAGCAAAUGAUUUCGGAACUAUUUAAAAAUGAUCCGCUAUUUUUGAGUGCAUUAGAUCGUGCCUGUGCCAGUGUCAUCAAUAAACGCAUCAAUGACAAACAACAAUGUCGUAGUGCCGAAUUGGUGGCCAAAUACUGUGAUAGCCUAUUGAAAAAAUCAAAAACAACCGAAAGUGAAAUUGAUUCAAAACUUACCAGUAGCAUCACCAUUUUCAAAUACAUCGAAGAUAAGGAUGUUUAUCAGAAGUUUUACAGUCGAAUGCUGGCCAAACGGUUAAUUCACGAACAAUCCCAAAGCAUGGACACUGAAGAAGCCAUGAUCAAUCGAUUAAAGCAAGCAUGCGGCUAUGAAUUCACCAAUAAAUUGCACAGAAUGUUUACAGACAUUUCGGUAUCAACAGACUUGAACAACAAAUUCAAUUCACAUUUGAAAGACAAAAAUACAGAAUUAGGAAUAAAUUUAUCAAUAAAAGUGCUUCAAGCCGGUGCAUGGCCACUUGGACCGACACAAGUGACAAUACCAUUUGCUAUACCACAAGAAUUUGAGAAAUCGAUUCGCAUGUUUGAAACAUUUUACCAUGAAAAUUUCAAUGGACGUAAAUUAACGUGGUUACACUAUUUGUGCCAGGGUGAAUUAAAAUUGUCUUAUUUAAAAAAGCCCUACAUCAUUACAAUGCAAACGUAUCAAAUGGCCAUUUUGUUGUUGUUUGAAAAUGUUGAUGUCAUGACAUGCAAAGAAAUACAGGAAACGCUUGAAUUGAAUGCCGACACAUUUCAAAAGCAUAUGCAAAGUUUAAUCGAAUCGAAAUUAUUGUUAGCAAGCUCUGAACAACUUGAGGAUAGCACAGAAAUCAAACUUAAUUUGGACUAUUCGAAUAAGCGCACAAAAUUCAAAAUAACCGCCGCAUUGCAACGCGAAACACCGCAAGAAGUUGAACACACUAUGAGUGCCGUCGAUGAAGAUCGCAAAUUGUAUCUACAAGCAGCUAUUGUGAGGAUUAUGAAAUCACGCAAAAUACUCAAACACAAUGCUCUUAUUCAAGAGAUUCUGUCCCAAUCAAAGGUUACAUUUGCGCCGACCAUCUCAAUGAUUAAAAAAUGUAUUGAAUCGUUAAUUGACAAACAAUAUAUUGAGCGAACAUCAACUGGAAGCGAUGAAUAUAGUUACGUUGCUUAAAUGAAUAAAUGAAAAAUUGUUGAAAAUGAACAUCAGAAAUUAGAAAAAAAUUGAUCCGUAUUUGAUGCAAGGCUAAUCUGAUAAAAAAAUAAUAAAACAAAACAAACAAACAAAAAAAGAACGAAUUAAGAGUUUAGAAUUUAAGAGAGAGUAUCUUUUGUACCGCAAGUUCGGGAUUGUGUUUCACAUUUUCGUUUUAUAAAACAUAUUUAAACCAAUAUUUCGACCCAACUUAAUGAAGCUCAUAGUUUUAUUAUUAAUCCCAUCCACAUUGAAUUAUCCAAUAAUAUCAUCAUUCUAUAUAUAAUAAUCGAACAGUGGUCUUCAUUUUUUUAUUCUACAUCGUUUUUUUCUCUUAAUUUAUCAAUCAACUAUUUUUGUAUUUAUAACAUGUCAAAUCUCUACCAUUUUAACUUUGAACGAUAAAAUGCAUUUCAUUUAUUUACAGCCACAUUUUGGAGUGUAACACAGAUGAACUUUUUAAGAAUUAUUAUUGUUUUAGUAGAAUUAAAGAAAAAACAGAGAAUAAAACAUGGAAAGAAGUUAAUAAAUGUGAAUAGAAUAAUGCAA